AUGCAGACUGCUUCUACAAACAUUUGUGAAAGAAUGGGUCGCUCUCAGGAGCUCAGUGAAUUCAAGCAUGGUAACAUUAUAGGUUGCCACCUGUGCAAUAAGUCCAUCUGUGAAAUUUCCUUGCUACUAAAUAUUCCAUGGUCAACUGUUAGUGGUAUCAUAACAAAGUUGAAGAAACUGGGAACAGCGGCAACUCAGCCACGAAGUGAGCAGGGUCAGCACAUGUUGAAGCACACAGUGCGCAGAAGUCACUGUCUGCAGAGUCAAUGGCUAAAGCCCUCCAAACUUCAUGUGCGUAGAUAGC